UUCUGACAAGUGAGAGGAGCAACACACUAAACACACACACACACCAGACACACACUGCACACAACACGGCGUGAAACGAUGUCACACAGGAGGCAAAGAGCGAAGCUAAUCGGCUAAAGCUAGGAAGCUAAAGCUAAGCUAACAUAAACAGGAAGCUGCUCUGUGACCCUCUCACGUCACUGACUGAGUUUCAUCUGUAGCCAUGACGACCGACUCGUCCCUCCUGGGCUCUGAGCUGGAGCUGCAGCAGCAGGAGGACCUGUAUCAGCAGCUGCUGCUACAGACGAUGGGUCAAAUGCAGACUGAGAAUCCAGAUUCCAAAGUAAUCCGACCUCAACCCGGCAUGUGCGUGAAGACCAUCUCAGAGCCAGCCAAGCAGAAGGUCUUUGUCAACAUCUGUCAGUCAAACUCAGUCCCGCCUCCCCCAGAAAUCUCUAGAGAGGAUCUGGUGGAGCUGCUCCAAUCAGAAGAUCCCAGUGGCUACAGAGUUCCCAUGAGCCUCGGCGAGCCACACGCGGAAAUAGACAACAACUCUCAGGGUUGCACAGCUUACGAUGUGGUCAUCAACCAGGAGUUUUUCCAGAUGUGUCAGAAGGAUCCUUUGUUCGAGCAGUUUGUAAUUCUGGUGUCUUUAGAGGGUCUGGAGAACAAAUACAACCUAGAGCUCAGUAGAGACUGGAAGGUGUUGAAGAACAGGAAGUUUUUGGGAUCCGUCGGUGAGCAGAACAUCCGCACAAAGAGCAGGCCGGUGAUUGAGGAGCUGCAGCCUCAGGAAAACUCCUCUGCUCCGGCCAAAAGACCAGACUUUACUUUGCUUGUAGAGCCUCCUGCUGGUGACCCCGAGUAUCUCAUCGCCGAAAUACAGCUACCGGGGGUGCCAUCGUCUCGCUCUCUGGUUCUGGACGUCGGAGAAGAUCGACUGGUGUUAACGGCCCGGCCCUCGCUCUUCCAUCUGGACCUCUUCCACCCCUUCCUCAUCGACCAGGAGAACAGUGUGGCACAGUACAACAAGAGCACCGAGAUUCUGACGGUCACUCUGCCUGUGGUGUCAUCAUGAAACUGAAGAACUUCUGUCAAGUUGUUUAUUUAUUUUUUUUAUGUUAAAAAAUGAUGAAAUAAAAGAGACGUUUUUCAUUUAAAA